AUGUCUGUCUCUACAGAUGCUCCGCAUACCCACCUCUUGAGCCGUUCUGGGGAAACCGAAUCUGGUGUCCCGCACGAAGAUCAUCAACACGUCAAGGAGGUUGAAAUUCAUCCGUCUUUGCAAUAUCAGGAGAAGGACGGAACCGAGGCAAACGACGCCAACGAGGCAAACGACGCCAAUGAUGCCAAUGAUGCCAAUGAAAAUACCACUCAAAGGCUAGAAGAUGAUAAUAGUGGUGAGUCUUUUUUGAGAAAUAGAGAAUCUGAUGUGGCUAAUACUAAUACUCAGAGUGGUUUACACCAAGACAAAUUUGACGAGAAGAAACUCCUGAUUGAUGCCACAAUGGAACACAACACAACCAAGGAAGAAUAUGAAGCUAAAAAGUUGUUCAUUGAUAACCUAUCCACAUUGUCGUCUUUGGUGAAUGAUACUAUACUUGAAAUUGCCGAUCUGGGGAAUAGUAUUAUUAGGUCAAAUAACAAUAUUAAAUCUUAUUCAAACUAUAUGAAGAACACAAAAUCAUUCCUACCCUUUUGUUCAUUCAUAGAGUUAUCACCAGAACAACGCUCCCCAACUUCACAUUCAAACUCUUCAUCAUCUUCAAAUCAAUCACCUUGCCAAAUUCCUACACUGGACGAUUUCGAAACAAAACUUUUCAGCGCUAAUAUCCCCUUUAUUCCGGGUACUAGAAUUCCCGACAUCGAUUUAAAUGCUCAGGCGAAAACAGUAAAGGACAUUUGGGAUGAAUGGACUGUUGGUUAUAAACAUUUCCCGGCAUUGUCUUCAUUAGAAGGGAAAUUUGGGACUCGUUGGCGUCGUGGUAGAAUUGCAAAAUCUGCUCAGAGACGUAAGAAAGUAAUUGAGUUUAUUGAAAACGAGUACAAAUUACACAGUCACCAUUUGAAAGAUAUCGAGCAAGUUGUCAAUGAUUUGGAUACCUAUAGACUAUCCCAAGGUAAGGGGCUAUUUUGGCUUUAUGGUGCGUUGCCCGAAACACUGUAUGAUGAUUCAGGUGACUUGAUUUACAAGUUAACCGAUGAAAUGAGAUUGAAGUAUGAGAAGCAGAUGGAAAAACGACAACAGUUGAAUCGUCCUGGCCCAAAGAAACAAAAAGUACAAAAUGGUGUUUUUAAAAUACACAAGAAACCCAAGAAUCCAAAUAAUAGAAGUGCUAGAAAGCAAAGUAGAUCUAAGAAAAGUUUAAAACUAAAGGAGGGACUAACAUCCAAACUUCCAAUUAAGGACUCGCCAAAUGAAGAUUCAAAAAUGGAUAUUGAUCAAGCUAUUGCCAAAGGUGGUACCGAAAGUGACGUUGAGAAAGAUAUAGCACCACCACCAUUACAAGAAAAGCAGCAAGAAAAGCAGCAUCAGCAUCAGCAACAACAACAACAAGAACAAGAACAACAGCAGCUGCCACAGUAUCAACAACAGCAAAAACAGCUUCAACAGAAACAAACUCAACAGCAGCAACAGCAGCAACAGCGACAGCAGACUGUACAAGUCGAUCAGAAAAAUGCUGAUUUAGUUCAUAAUGAUCUUGUUGACCAACGUGUAAUUCGAAACAAUGAAGAAGAAGAAGACGACGAUGAGGACGACGAUGAGGACGAUGACGAUGUAAACAUUCCUUCAGCAGCUCAAGUGGCAGCCAUGGCUGCUCUAUCUGUUGAUGGUGAUGAUGAGGAACACUCACUUGUGAAUUCUGCGGCACUAGCAGUUGCUGCACAACAUGUUGCCGCCCAACAACGCAAAAGGGAGCAAGAGUAUCGCUCGACAAACCGUAUUGACCAUGACGAUGAAGAUAAUACAGAUCCUGCAUUAUCUAAAUUAUGA